AUGUCUACUGCAUAUGCAUCCGCAUCUCUACGUUCCGCUGGUGCUUUGUGUGACAAUGUCUUCCCCUGUGUACCGCUGAAUCCAAGAGUCCCCGACGGCCGCAAAUCGAGUUUAGGUUUGAAGAAUGGUCAAGGAUCUUGGUUCAUAUUGUCUUACCGCCGACGUAAGAAAGGACACCUUAUCGUGACUGCCUCCAUCUUCGAAGGUCGAGUUUGCAUUUGUCUUUCACGAAUGUGUGGGAGCAACUGCGACACGCGUUCGCUUCUCUUCAUCUGCAACAUCCAUCUUGACAACUUUGCUGCCCUCUUCUGCUUUGGUUUUGGCUGGCUCGUCACGGAGGCCGGCUUCUCGAGAACACCACAUUUGAUUGUGUUUACGCCUUGGGACGACACGGAUGCAUGGCUUCACUUUAGUAGUGCGGACGAUGGAUUGAUCGAGGUUCUCAUCGUCGUUCGUGAAUUCGUGGAUUAG